CGCGUCCCGUCACGGCCAUUGCGGUGCAAAAGCACCUCGACAACUUUGGUUUGGCGGCCGACUUUGGUACGCACUCGCGCAUGCGCGGUCUCUCGGGCGGUCAGAAGGUCAAGGUCGUCCUCGCCGCUGCCAUGUGGCUCAACCCGCACAUUUUGGUGCUCGAUGAACCGACCAACUUCUUGGAUCGCGACUCGCUCGGUGCGCUCGCUGGUGCCAUCAAGGAGUUUGGCGGCGGUGUCGUCUUGAUCUCGCACCACCGUGAGUUCACGGACGCCUUGGCGAUCGAGACGUGGAACGUCGUCGCUGGUCAGCUCUCGAUCGAAGGUCAAGUUCCGGAAGACAAGACCAAGAUUGAGCAGAUCGACGCCGAAGAGUCGGUCGACGCGUUCGGUAACAAGGUCGUCACCAAGGUCAAGCGAAAGCUCACCCGCAAGGAGCUCAAGGUCAAGCUCAAGGCCAAGCGCGAUGCUGAGAAGCGUGGCGAGUUUUACUCGGACUCGGACCUUGACGGAUACGAAGAGUAA